CGUCGGGUGUAAUUUCGUCGUGCGUCGUUUACAUCGGCGAUUUCGUAGAUUUGUUUUAUUAGACUGCGAAAAAGGACAUUACGAAACUUCCAAGUGCCUUCCGAAUCGAGCAGAUUUUUUAUGGUACCCCAAAGUGUGGUGGGCAUUGAAAACAAGCCGUCAAGCAGUAAUCCGGCGAAGUGUAAUCCGCAUGUAGAAAAGUGUCUCGUAUCACAGUAGAAGAAAUUAAAUAGUGCAUCGUUUGCAGUGCACACCGUGCACUAUCAGGAGUUUACGGGAAGUACAAAUUUCGAACAAAGUCAAGCAGCCCGCUGCGGUAUUAAUCGCAAUCAUCGACGGCAUCGACCGAGCAAACCCGUGAAGCGUUGCCACAGUUCAGGCGGGUGUUGUGAGUGGGGGCCCAUCGAGCGCUUAUCAGCAAGGAAAAAAGACUGGAAUUUUCGAAAAACCUGACCGGAUUUACUAGACCUCGCGACCGAGACGGCUGUCGUAACUCGUUGCAUCCGUCUAGAAACCGCGCCAGGAUCGGUGCAUUUGAAGUGGUGUGUAGCCUUGGUUGCUGCGAUUCGCAAAAUCCACCAAACGCGAUAUGACGAGCAACCUCAUUGCCAAGGCAAGUUCGCCCUCCGAGAUGCGGGACAUUGCGGCACGGAUCUGCCGGGACUACCUGACCGGUGCGUGGAAGACGAUAUCGGCCGAGGAACUGCAGCUGAAGCGGAUAAGCGGUGGCCUUUCGAACUUCCUGUACUACGUUAGCCUUCCGGACCAACACUACUACAGCGGCGGGAACCGCAGCUCACCGAGAGACUCCUUCAGUGGGUCGGAACUCUGUGGCAAAACCAAGCCCACGAACGGUAACAAGCGGGCCCGCAAGGAUAGCUACACGAGCAUGCUGGAACCGAAGGAGGUGCUACUGCGAAUCUAUGGCCAAACCCACGGGGAACACGCACUGGAAACGAUGCUGACGGAAUCGGUCGUAUUUACGCUGCUGUCGGAACGGAAGCUGGGCCCGAAACUGCACGGCAUCUUUCCGGGCGGUCGCAUCGAGCAGUACAUUCCCGCCCGGUCCCUGCAAACGGCCGAGCUGGGUGAUCCGAAGAUAUCGCUCAAGGUGGCCGAAAAGAUGGCCGCGAUUCACAGUAUGAAAAUUCCGCUGUCGAAGGAACCGGACUGGCUGUGGAACACGAUGCACCGGUGGCUGAAGGGCAUCGAAGGAACGCUGGAGACGAUGGACCGUGAUCGUGCCAAUGGAAACGUCGGGGGAACCGACGGCACCGACGGGAGCACCAACAUUAGUGACGUGGACAGAGACUUUCUGACGGAGAUGGACCUCGCGGGAGAAGUCAAGUGGCUGCGGUCGAUGAUCGCAAGCGAAGACUUUCCGGUCGUGUUUUGUCACAACGAUCUGCAGGAGGGUAACAUCUUACUGCGACAGGAUGAACCGGUAACCGGCUACGAAUGCAAUUCGGUGGAAACAUUCGAUGAGUCCACGCAACUGGACUCUCACUUUAGCGGUAUUCUGAUUUCGAAUGGAAUUGUACCUAGCGGUGACCCCCUGUCCCAUGGAAACGCAACCAUCAACCUCAACCGGAACUCGCGCAAACGAUCGCUUGAAAACGAUCAUACGGUGGAGCACGAUCUUGACAAUACGCGUGACUCGGUGCUGAGCGGCAACUCGCAGCCCCUCUCCGAGACGGCGUCCUCCAUCACGGACAGCGAACCGGAGCUGAUGAUCAUCGAUUUCGAGUACUGCGCCUACAACUACCGUGGGUUCGAUCUGGCCAAUCACUUCCUCGAGUGGACGUUCGACUACAGUAAUGGUGCGGCACCGUACUUCUUCCACAAGCUGGACCAGUACCCCACCUACGAGCAGCAGGAAAAGUUCAUAGCCCAGUACCUCAACCAUCUGUCGUCGGGCGACGAAGACGAUAGUGUGGCGGGCGACGGGGACGAAGUAUCCGAAGCCGGUAGCAACGCGGACGAGGUGGAACAGAUACGCCGCGAGGUGCAGUGCUUCACGAUGGUAUCCCACCUGUUCUGGAGUCUUUGGGCCAUCGUCAACGUGUAUCAGCAGAUCGAGUUUGGCUACAUGGAGUACGCCGUGUGCCGGCUAAAGCAGUACCGCCUGGCGAAAAAGUUCUACACCGAAACGAUGGGCAACGGGUCCCCGAAAGGUGGUGCCUCGUUGAUGGAUCCCGAGAAGUGAGCCAGAGAAGUGACAUUUUAAGCACAUCCUUAUCUGCACAACCACAACUAUCGCAAUGAUUGAAGGUCGGGGACAUCGUACGGGGGUGGGGGGGCUAGGGUCAAGUUCUGCGUCAAUGUGCAGCAGUAUUAGUUGCCGGAAUGCGAAACUGUCUUCGGUUUGCGUGUUAGCUCUAGAGUGUCCUUUCGUUUAACCACUGUGCAUUGUGACUAUUUAUUAUGGAUGUGGACAGGCGAAGGCGCGCACGAUCGCACUCUUAUCCCACCGCUCGCGCUUCGCACACCAAGCGAUGAUCCGUGUCGAUCUUUCAAGCAUAGAGUUAGGGUAGUUAGAGUAAUGUUAGGGUCAGAGCGCUCGGCUGUGCGGCUGUGGGCCAAGAAGGUGUGAUACAAAGAACAACAAAACUUUAACCAUUUGAACUAGUAUCUAUUUUCGUUUGUUUUAGUCUCCUCGACAAGGUAGAGCAACUCAACUAAGCAAUAAAUUUUAUGUUUUUCUGAGUUUUUUUUUUACAUUGUUUCCUUGUUUGUAGUGCGAUAGCUUUUAGGUGAGAGGUUUCAGGCGACGGAAGAUUAUGAUAUGAUGGGAGUGAUAGGAAAUGCGAAUCCCUGUGAAACGUGGCAAAUUGAAAACGAAUUUCUAGGACUGAUGCACGGCGUCGGAGCACGCAAAGCAAAACAAAAAAACCCCGGCUACACAUCCUUCCUGCGGAAUCGGCGGGAGAGCUUAAUUGUUGUGAAACUAUGAGAUAUAGGACCCGAAAGCGCCUAAAUGCAACACUAACAAACAGUGCAUAAACAGUAAACAUAUCAUAAAUUGACAAAAGCUGAAGGAGUAAUUCAAUGCGUUUGAAUGUACUUAACUCUUUCUCUCUCACUUUUGCUCUUAUCGACGAGUAUACAAUAUAUUUCACGAUCGACGUAAUCUUACAUUAUAAGCGGGAGCGAGCAGCUGUCGGUGAUGGUGAUAUUGUGCGGUUGAGAUGCAAAUACGUGAUAUGUAAACGAUCGGUGAGCAGAACACAUGGCUCAAAUAGACACUGUUGUGCCCUGUCCUGGCAGUUAGAGCAGGCGGUCGUCGGCGGUAAGAGUUUUUGAGACAUCCUUUGUGUCCGCGGGCAAUGGCAUCUGUGUAUACACAUUAAUACUACCUUCUUUAAUCGUGCGUGGAUCCGGUGUUUUUUGUCCAAUUCACUACUAAUUAACGGACUCUGAUACUCAGAGUCCGUACCUUGCUAGCUAGCGCUAUUCUUAAGGCACGGGUGGGUCUGGGAAGGUAGAUAUAGUUCAUGGGUGUCCUUUAAUUCGAUUUCAAGCAGCGCCUUCCCAAAGCUUAUAUAUGAAUAAAGAAAAUCAUUUAAAGUAAAGCUC